GCAGCCCCGGGAGUGGAGGGCGGGACUUCCGGUCUUCCUGGUUGCGGAGCUGUUACGCGGCUCUCGGAAGGAGCGGCGAGUUUUGAACCGCUCCCGUUUUGUUUUCGCUUUGUUUUUAGCAGUUACAGUUGACUCUGUCUCUGGUUUCCUGCUGCCUGGAGGGCGUCUUGGUCAAAACACUCUCCCUGCGACCUUAUUCCUCUAGGGUUGUGAUUUUUUUUCUUUCAUCAAGAAAUAUAACUUACUGGUAACUUGUCAAACUCAAGAAAUCCCUGGACAAGCAGUCGUGGGCAGGCCCCGACGCUGCUGCUUCCAGAGCAUUUUGGCAAAUAAAAGCCAGGAACCGUUGCUGGCAUCAUUUCCACAACUUUUCGGCUCCUAACUGCUGUGAGUGCAAGACGUUGGUGGUUGUUUUGUCUUUGACUUAGAAAAACAUCUUAACCUGUCAUAGUAAUGGCAGCCGAACUACGAAUGGUACUUUAUGAAGAUGAUUCAGUACAAGUACAAUAUGUCGAUGGUUCCAAAUUGCAACUUUCUCCCUGUGGCUCUGAAUUUUUAUUUGAAAAGUCACCUCCUGUUUCAGCACAUCCUUUAGAACAACCAGAAAGAAUUCGUCAAAGGACACAUUUUGUCAUUAGCACUUACAGAGACCAACUACAGCGAGCCCUAGAUUUUCGAAAUUCUUCAGCUACUUGCCCUUUUUUAUCUGAAAACAUCAUACCUUCCGAAAGAAAAAAGCAUAUCUUUAUUGACAUCACAGAAGUGAGAUGGCCCCAUCUUGAUACAGAUGGUAGCAUGAUAUGUAUGGAGCGUGGCAUCGUGAAGAUAACAUCUUUAGAUGGUCAUGCUUACCUCUGCCUGCCCAGAUCUCAGCAUGAAUUUACAGUAUAUUUUUUGUGUAAAGUUAGCCAGAGGCCAGACUCAUCUGCAGUGUUGUCAGAAACAAACAAUAAAGUCCCAAAAGAUAAACUAGUUGAAAAAGCUGGCAAAAUCUGUACACAUGGAAAUUUAUCAGGACAGAGACUGAAGAAUAAAGAAAAUGAGCUUCAUUGCCAGAUCAUGAAAUCCAAAGAAACUUUAAAGAAGAUGAGUUGUGUACAUGGAACUGAAGGGAGGGAAGAGCUGCCUUCACCUGGUACAAAGCACACAUGUGUAUACACAUGGGUAAAGCAGUGCUGGUCUGUGGCUGCCUGUCCACAGGAAUGGAAAUAUCCUUUGUCUUUAGCACUUCAUUUUCAUAAUAAAAUCAGCAAUAUGUCUAAAAUUGAUGCACACAUCACUCAGAGUAGAUUUUUAGCUUCUGAUAUUUCAGAGGAAAGAGGAAAAGUCAUUUCUGUUCUUCCUAGGGCCCUGUCACUCAGCUGUCCAGUCCCACACCUGCACAGGUGGAAUUUUUGUGAUUCACUUUUACAGAAACAAUCUGAUGAAUAUUCCUAUCCUGAACUAGUGAAAAUGGUUUGGUACAAAGGUGUUACAUAUAGACUUACCCAUCAAAAUAUGAACUCAAUAGAGAUUUAUCCUGGAGAUGGAUCUGUUUUCAGAUCAGAAGGGGCUUAUUUUGGGAAUUAUUUUACGUAUUAUUCCAUUCAAGAAGGAUCAGACGAGAGAAAAGAGAAAACUUACUCAGUAAAUAACCUUCCUCCAGACAGACCAGGAAGUCCGUUCUCUGUCUGUUCUCUAAUUAAACAGGCAACAAGAAUUCUUCAACAUUGUGUGACAAUGAGACUUUCUUUAAGCCAUAAUUAUCAUAUAUGCUGCUGGAAAAUGGUACCUGGAAUAAAUGAUUGCAAUAUACUCCCUUUGCUUUUGAAAGAGACACUCAUACCCAGCGUGGGAAGAUUUCUUGCCUACUCUGAUGACAGAGUACAUGCUAUCUUUUUAGAUGGCAUUACUCUAACCCUAAAUUGGAAUUUCAGCUCUCCUAUUGAGAAGGGACAGGCAAAUCAAGGUCUUAACUUAAGUUGGUGUAAGUUAACUUUUCCUGAUGGACAAGAUCAGUUAAUUCAAGUUGAACACCCUGGACCAUAUGAAAGGUAUGUGACAACAGUAACAUCAUGGUGCAGGAGACUGACCCAGACUAGUCCCAGAGAGAUGCCCAUUCAUUCGUCAUCUUCUGUUCUCCAAGAAAAUUGGUCUGUUGCUUCUGAACUUGAAAAAAUACAGAAGUUUAACCUGCUACUAGAGAAUAGUGGUAUCCUAAACCAGAUUUCUAACAUGAAAAAUGAACGGUCUUCUGAUGAUUAUAAACCAGGAUCUUCAGAAACCUUGCCAGAUGAAGUUAAUGAAAACAGAGUAUUAAUAGCAUUGAAAAAAACCUCUGAAAUCCUUCAGGAUAUUGACUGUCUUCUAUCAAACUCUAAAAAGUGAAAAAUUGAAUUAUUACAAUAUAUUAUUAAAGUUUAAGGAUGUUGUUUCAAGUGAGACUGGUAUAAAAUUACUAGUAAGUCAAGAUAUUGUACGUAUUACCCCUGCACAAUGAUUGUAUAAGAAUUGACAUUUAACUUUGGAGGCAUUUUUAUUUAACUUGUAUAUUUUAAAAAUAUGUAUUUAUAUUUUAUUAAUAAAGAACUAUUUUGAAGUUUUAAAC